GUGGUAAUUUGAUACAAUAAUACCUAUACAGGUUUUGUAAAAUCUGUUAAGCUUCAGCAACAGGCAGAAGAAUGCGCCUACUUGAUGAACCUCGUCAAACUGGUCUCAUCCUGCUAUCAACACAUGCUAACUGGAGCGUUCACGGCUUACUAUGUUUACCAGCCCAUUCCGGACCAGAUAGAGGAAAGAUGGAAACUCAUGUUGACCGACUGCUUCUUCAGAACUCUCAGCCACUUGGCAGAUUUCAGUGAGCUUACGGGCAUGAAAGACUACAUGGGGGUGAUGAUGUUCAUCACAUUUGCUGAGCGCGUGGUGCCCCAGUCAGAUGAAAAUGUGCACGUCUCGGAGGAACGGUUUGAUGGAGUGGAGGUGGUGGUGUACCAGCCUAAAGUGCUGGGCGGCGAGACAGAGCUACGGAGGGCUGUCAUAUACCUUCAUGGAGGAGGAUGGUGUUUGGGCAGCUCCAGAAUGGGGCCAUAUGACCUCCUGGCUAGGCAGAUGGUCAUUGAUCUCAACUCUGUCGUUGUAUCUGUAGAGUACCGGCUGGCCCCGGAGCAUCACUUUCCCGUGCCGUAUGAGGACGUAUACCGGGUGGUAAAGCACUUCCUCCAGAUGGAGGUCCUGGCCCAGUAUGCUGUAGACCCAGGACGCAUUGCUGUGUCUGGGGACAGUGCUGGGGGUAACCUGGCUGCAGCUGUGUCCCAACAGCUACAGCAGGAUCCAUAUCAGCAGGUGAAACUAAAGGUUCAAGCCCUACUCUACCCAGUGAUGCAGGCUCUUGACCUCAACACCCCGUCCUACCAGCAGAACCAGAACAUGCCCAUCCUUCCCCGCACCCUCAUGGUGCGCUUCUGGAGUGAGUACUUCACCAGUGACAAGAACUUCUUCAGGGCCAUGAUGGCCAAUACUCACAACAGCCCUGAAUCCGCUGCCCUGCUCAAGUUCGUCAACUGGAGUGCCUUUCUGCCUGAGUCAUACCGGGGGAAGUACAAUUACAGUGCUCCGUCCGUGACAUUGAGAGGGACGGGGUCUGGGCCGGACACGCUGUCGCACUCCAUUGCCGACCCCCGGGCCUCCCCCCUGCUUGUCCCAGAUGCGGACUUACAAUCGCUCCCCAAGGCCUACGUGCUGACGUGCGAGUACGAUGUGCUGCGUGACGACGGGGUGAUGUACGCAGAACGCCUGCGCCACGCCGGUGUACAGGUGACACAUGAACACUAUACCAGUGGUUUCCACGGUGCACUCAUGUUCACCAUGUGGCCAACCGACUUCAUGAUAGGACACACGAUGAUGGAAAACUUAAUCAGAUGGCUGCAGCAAAACCUGUAGAAAACAGAAGAAUUGUUAUGGCCUGUCAUUUCUGUUUCCCCUAGCAAGCCAGCAGCUGUCGUUUAGGUGUUAUUGUUAUGAUUUGUUUGUUUUUAAUUGUCUUUUGUUUAUUAUUUAUUUAGUAUUGCUUUUUUAUUUUGUUUCAUUUUUGCAGAUACUAAGAGGUUUUCCAUGCUAUAGUGCAUCUCCAAUAAAACAGAUGAUGGGAGUCAGAACAUGAGGCAGAGAACUAGUGUUUGAAAUGUUUCCAACACCAGAGAGACAUUUGAUGAAGCCAAGUUUUCAAAAUUGUAUUUCUGAUAUCUGCCAUUUGACUCUGCAACUGACUAUUAGAAAGGCUUGACUGUUCAUAUAUAAACAGCUUUUUUUGUAACUUUCCUAUCUUCUGAAUAGUAUGACAGUUGCACCUUUAUGCACAUAACUUACACACUAAAGAGAGGUUCUUUGAAAUACUAAAGUAUUUCUUUGGGCAUAGGGUAGAAUAAUGUGAAAACAUAAUGAGACGUUUAAAGUUUUUUGUAGUUAAAAAAAAAAAUCUUAGCUCUUUAAUGAUUAUUCAAAUGUAAGGGCAGCAGUUCGUUAUAUUUUCAGACAUGAUUUGCUCACCGCUUUUUUGCGCAAGGCUGACUAAGUAUCAUUCCUGUUUAUCUAAUGUGUUGUGUUCUGCCAUUCCCUUCUCUAUGACUAUGGUAAGUGACGGUAUAUUGUGAAAGACUUGUGUAUGUGUGAGGCCUAUAACUCCAUGAUGGUCUGACUAAUUUAUUAUUCUCUAUUUUGUCCGAAUGAACCUUUUUUCUGUUAUUUUCCAGAGUUAGCAUACAGGAUUCAGGUCGUUAAUUUACUUGUUUUAAUGUUUCUCCAUAUGACUUUAGGAAAAGUUUCUUAAUUGAAUUGUACAGUUUCCAGAAUAUUACAAGUGUGGUACUCUAUAGUACCCCCCCACCCCCGAAAAUAAUACAUAUGAUAUGGUUACAAAUCAAGGAACCCUUAAUUUGCGAUAUAGAAAAAUCUUUUUUCAGUUUGUUAGAAAUUAUCAAUUGUAGUCGUUGUUAACCUAUAAGAAUAUAGACGAUGGGGCAGGGAUUUGGUGCAUUAAUGACCUGUAUAAAGUACAACCCACCCCAUGGCUGUUUCACAUUGUAAUUGGCACAUUUUUCUUUAAUCUUGUUGUGGAAACAAAGCUGUGUUAUUUAUCAUGGGAUAAGCAUAUUUCAGACAACAUACAUUUUCAUGAAUUGCACACAAUACAGACUUCUUGUAUCAGAAAAUACCAUUUAUUUAGUAUUUUGGCUUACGUACAUCUCCACAGCACUGCCUAAAAACUUUUGGGAGUAGAAUUACUUAAUUUUUUUCUGAUCAUGGAAAAAAGAGAAUUGAAGACAUGCUUAUCUUUUUCUGACAAUAAAAACACCUUUGACAGUU